ACGGACUAGCUGGCUCUGGUCGGGACCGCCAGGGUGGAUCAUUGGGGCUGAAAGUGUGAGCAGGACAUGAAGUAAACAAUGGAUAACUGUCCCGCUGCGUCGACGUUCCUGACCGACAGCUUGGAGCUGGAGCUGGAGACAGAAUGGUGCAAACCCCCUUGCUUUUCUUGUGAUUUUGACAACAGAGGAGGAGGAAAACAUUUUUCUGGCGAGUCCUACCUUUCCAGCGGAGCUCUUAAGCGACUGAUUUUGAAUCUUGAUCCUUUACCGACUAAUUUUGAAGAGGAUACAGUGGAAAUAUUUGGCAUUCAAUGGGUUACUGAAACAGCAUUAGUGAAUUCAUCUAGAGUUCUCUUUCAUCUCUUGAGGCAACAGCUUUACAACUUGGAAACCUUAUUACAGGCCAACUGUGAUUUUGGGAAGAUAUCAACCCUACAUUGCAAAGCAGCCAAUAUUAGGCAGCAGUGCAUAACAUUUCUUCAUUAUGUUAAAGUCUUCAUUUUCAGGUCCCUGCAAGUACAAAAUGCUGAAAGUCAUGUUCCUGUCCAUCCCUACCAGACUUUGGAGGCACAACUUCCCUCAUUGUUGAUUGAUGAGCUUCAUGGAUUACUCUUGUAUAUAGGACACCUAUCAGAACUUCCCAUUAUUAAUACAGGAGCAUUUGUAAAUCAAAACCAGACUAAGCUUUUCCCACCAUCAUGGCAUUUGUUACAUCUCCACUUAGAUAUCCAUUGGCUAGUGCUGGAAAUUCUUCACAUGCUUGGUGAAAAAUUGAAACAAGUUAUAUAUAGUCAUCAGUUUAUGAAUCUGGCAGGUGACAAUUUAACCAACGUCAGCCUAUUUGAAGAACAUUGUGAAAAUCUUCUUUGUGAUUUAAUAAGCCUGUCCCUCAACAGGUAUGAUAAGGUUAGGCCUUCUGAAGCAUUAAUGAGUCACCAUUGCCCAUGUCCAUGCAUUAAAGAAUUAUGGGUUCUACUCAUUCAUCUUCUCAACCACAGGAGUAAAUGGUCUCUCUCAGAAUCAUUUUGGAACUGGUUGAAUAAACUACUUAAAACGCUCUUUGAAAAAUCAAAUGACCGAAGAAGACCUUCUGUGCCUGUAAUCCAGCCCAGGGAUCCAUUGGGUUUUAGUUGGUGGAUUAUUGCUCAUGUAGCAUCAUUUUAUCAGUUUGAUCGCCAUGGCAUACCAGAUGAAAUGAGACAAAUGGAAUCAAACUGGAACUUUGUAGAAGAACUGCUGAAAAAGUCCAUCAAUGUUCAGGAUGGUAUACUAGAAGAGCAGUUACGAAUGUAUCUUCACUGUUGUUUGACCCUUUGUGAUUUCUGGGAGCCAAACAUUGCAGUUGUCACCAUUCUGUGGGAAUAUUACAGUAAGAACCUGAAUAGUUCUUUCAGUAUUUCUUGGCUUCCUUUGAAAGGCCUGACACAUGUCAUUAAGUCGCCCUUGUCUAUGCUAGAAAUGGUGAAGACCUGCUGUUGUGAUAAACAAGAUCAUGACCUGUAUAAAUCCAGCAGUAGUUACACUAUUUUCCUUUGCAUUUUGGCAAAAGUUGUUAAGAAAGCAAUGAAGAACAAUGGCCCUCAUCCUUGGAAACAAGUCAAAGGAAGGAUAUAUUCUAAAUUCCAUCAAAAAAGAAUGGAAGAACUAACUGAAGUUGGUCUGCAAAACUUUUUCAGCCUUUUUCUACUGUUAGCAUGUGUGGCAGAGGUGGAAGAUGUAGCAAGUCAUGUUUUAGGCCUCCUAAAUUUCCUCAAGCCUGCCUUUAUAACAUCUCCUCUCAUUUGGAAGGGUCAGAUGGCCUUCCUCUUGAUGUACACCCAGAAAAACCUGGACAUCAGUGUUUUGGCUGAGAUAUUUUCAGGUGCUUUCCGGGAGAAAGCAAAGGAGUUCUUGGUAUCUAAGAAUGAUGAAAUGGGACAAAGACAGGCUCUCUGGUCACUUCUUUCCAUUUAUAUUGAUGGUGUUCAAGAAGUGUUUGAGACUAGCCAUUGCUUGCAUCCUUCCCAUGAAAAACUGCUUAAUGAUGGCUUUAGUAUGCUUCUGCGAGCUUGUCAAGAAUCUGAACUUCGGACAGUGUUGAGCUUUCUACAAGCUGUUCUGGCCAGAAUCAGGAGUAUGCAUCAACAAUUGUGUCAGGAACUUCAGAGGGAGAAUGUGGACCUCAUUGUGCAGUCUUCAUUAUCGGCUAAAGAGCGCCACCUUGCUGCAGUUGCCAGUGCACUAUGGAGGCAUUUCUUUUCAUUUUUGAAGAGUCAGAGAAUGUCACAGAUAGUGCCUCUCUCACAACUCGCAGAUGCAGCUGCAGAUUUUACUUUGCUGGCAAUGGACUUGCCCAGCACAGCUCCAUCAGAUCUUCAGCCUCAGCCAGUUACAUCAAUGAUACAACUUUUUGGUUGGGAUGAUAUCGUCUGGCCCCAAGUUGUAGCCAGAUAUUUAAGUCAUUUCCUACAAAAUAGCAUGUUAUGUGAAGCACUUUCUCAUUCAGGCUGUGUAUCUUUUCAAGCCCUAACUAUAAGAUCAUGGAUCCGUUGCAUUUUGCAAAUGUAUAUAAAAAACCUUUAUGUGCCAGAUGACUCGUUCAUUGAUUUAAAUACUGAACAGGCAGUUGAAAAAGACUACAUGGAACAGUUGGCUGAACUGACAAGGUUGCUAUUUAAACUCUCAGAAGUAAAGAAUAUUCUCUCAAAGGCUCACGUUGAAUAUUUACCUAUCCAAGAAGGCCCUAAAAAAGCACUUGUUGUGUUCCUCGAGGCUGUUGGUAUAACUUACGGGAAUCUGCAGACACUUUCUGAUAAAUCUGCCAUGGUCACAAAGUCCUUAGAAUACCUUGGUGAAAUAUUAAAAUAUAUAAAACCUUAUUUGGGAAAAAAAAUUUCCAGUGCAGGUCUGCAGCUGACUUAUACGAUGAUGGGAACUCUUGUUAAAUCAUGGGCACAGAUCUUUGCCACCUCUAAAGCCCAAAAAUUACUAUUCCGGAUCAUAGACUGUUUACUGCUGCCACAUACAGUAUUACAGCAAGAGAAGGAGCUGCCCGCACCUAUGUUGACUGCAAUUCAGAAGAGUCUUCCUUUGUAUCUCCAGGGCAUGUGUAUCGUGUGUUGUCAGUCUCAAAAUCCAAAUGCCUAUCUGACUCAGUUACUAGGGAAUGUUAUUGAGCAGUAUAUCGGGCGGUUUCUUCCAGCUUCACCACAUGUUUUAGGUCUUGGACAACAUCCUGUUUUGUUGGCAUUGAGAAACUCAGCCACUGUUCCACCGAUGUCAUCUCUAAAGAAAUGCAUUGUACAAGUCAUAAGGAAAUCCUACUUUGAGUUUAAAGGAUCCUUGCUCCCUCCUCGCUUAGCAUCCAUUCUGGCCUUCAUCCUCCACCUUGUUAAGGAAACUAACAUUGAUGUUUCCGAGGUUGAACUACUCCUCCCUGGAGUAUUAAAAUGCUUGGUGUUGGUCAGUGAACCUCAAGUUAAAAGGCUGGCCACCGAGAACCUGCAGUACAUGGUCAAAGCGUGCCAAGUGGGGUCAGGAGGAGAACCUGCCGCCCAGCUGACUUCUGUGUUUAGGAAAUUUAUCGAGGAUUAUGGUAUGAGAUAUGAUUAUCAGAUUUACAGCAUUUUAGAAACAGUAGCAGCAUUGGACCAACAGGUUGUUAUCCACUUGAUUUCUACCCUUACUCAAUCUCUGAAGAGUUCAGAGCGGAAAUGGGGCCUUGGCAGAAAUAUUGCACAAAGGGAAGCCUAUAGCAAACUUUUAUCUCACCUAGGACAAGUGGGACAAGAUGAGAUACAGAGACUAAAAGAUGAUAAUAUUGAAUCUAUUUUGUGA